AUGUGGGACAAAUUGAUCAACGAGGACAAGAUGGGAGAAAAUGCCGAGGAAUCUCACAUCUCUUCCCAUAGCAAUGGCAAUAGCAAUGGAGGGAAUGAAGUUGAUACGAUAACCACAUCACCAGCUUCCUCUCCACCUGGAACAGAUGUUCAAUUCUACAUACACCCACAGAACACCAUCUCCGAAACGUUAAUCCCAAUUCUCUACAAAAAUCUCCCAUACAGCAACCCCAUCUACAGCCGAAUGCUCGCUCCCCACAACAUACCCUCGCGUCACUGUCUGUUCGCCGCCACAUUUCCCCCAAACGACCCAGUUCCCGCACUAUACACCAUCGUCUUCUCUGACCGAUCCCGCAAAAACGAAUCUCAAAUCUGGAUCUUCAACCCUUUAAUCACCCCAAGCUAUCCCCAACCGCUCUCCCAAGAGCACUCUUCCUCCCUCACCACCCACCUUCAAGUCCUCCUCACAUUCCUAAAAAAUACCAUUAUCCCCCAAGCUCCAGGUCAUCCAUUCGACCCAAUUCUUAAAUUCGCCUGUCUUCACGAAACUAUCACAGACUCGCUAACUACUCUCCUCGCUUCCCAAUCUGCAUCCCAACCCUCAUCAGUACCUACAUCUACACCCCUCAUCGCCCAUCACACAACCUGGAACCUUUACCUAAUCCCCACCACCCCCUCCACUCACCUCCUAUCUUACCCUCCACCCCACCCUUUCACCAUCUCCCGCGUCCCACCCCAGCACAUCCCCCUCGUAAUAUCCACCUCCGCCAUUCCACGCGAAGCGUCUACCCUCCUCGCACAACCCUCCCUCUGUCUCCUUACACCCUCUUCCCCCUCUUCCCCUUCCUCCUCCUCCUCUCCCCCCUCCCAAACAUCCUCCACCUCCUCCCCUCCCUCCCCCCAACAAAUAACCACCUGGUCCUACAUCGGCAUCGACGGCACCCUCUCCACCCUCUACGUACUUCCCACCCACCGAAACCUCGGUCUCGCCACCUACAUAGCCCGCGAGCUAGUCGGACGACUAGGGCGUGGCGAAUUUAAAGAUCUAGGGUUUAAUGGGGAGAGUGGGUGGGUGCAUGCGGAUGUGAAAGAGGGGAAUGUGGGAAGUGAGGGGGUGAUGAGGGCGCUUGGGGGGAAGAAGGCGUGGGUGAGUAGUUAUCUUUGGGUUGAUUGUGGGGGGUUGCAUGGGUGA